AUGCACGCGGCUCAGAUGUUCAUGGAGGCGGAUGAAGAGUCUAAAGCGUCGUUGCAACGGCAAACUAGGAGAGCCGCCUUAAACCGAGACAAAGAAGCCGCCGAUAAUAAACUAGUGGCCGAUUAUUUUGCCGAUGAACUUGUGUACACGGACGAGAUGUUUCGACGUCGGUUCCGAAUGAGUCGUCGACUUUUUUUACGUAUCGCAGACGACUUGGCCCAGUCUGAUCCGUUUUUCACACUGCGAUAUGACGCUAGGGGCCAAAGGGGAUUCAGUACUUUACAAAAAUGUACGUCGGCCAUUCGCCAACUGGCAUAUGGGUAUGCACCCGAGGCGUUGGACGAGUAUUUAAAGAUGUCCGAAAGAACCGCACGUGAAUGUUGGCAUAGGUUUUGCGAAUGA